AUGAUUGAGUAUAGUAAAAUCGGGUUUUUGAUAAUAUUCCUUCUGGGCACACAGACCCCAAGCGGCGAUGGAGCCAAUAUACUGGGAGUUUUCAGCACUCCCAGUCCUUCGCACGUGAUCGUGCAUAUGGCCGUGAUGAAAGCCCUUGCAGAUCGAGGUCAUAACAUAACAAUGGUGACCCAGAUGAAACCGAGACUGGCGCCACAUGAAAAUAUUACCGUGAUCAUUGUCCCUCCAACGGAGGAGAGACUGAAGUUUAUGGAGGAACAUUUGGCGGAGAAAUCCAAUGCGAAACUAUCUUUCUGGCAGGCCUUUGCCAAAGGGAUCGCACAGUCGUCUAGUCAAAUGGACGGACAUUAUGAGUUUAUGACGCAUCCCAAUUUUAAGGAGAUCUACGAAAAUCCAAAGACCAAAGUCGAUUUGGUGAUAUUGGGGUUGAUGGCCAAUUACUUUGAGUUGGGCAUUGCCGCCAAGUUGAACUGUCCGGUCAUUGUCUCGUGGGUGGGAAUUCCGCUGCCAUUCCUGGACAGCCUUGUGGGUAACGUCAACGAUCCGUCGUACGUCCCAACCAUAAAUGUUGCCCUCAAAGCAGGUGAAACCACUAUGGACUUUGGCCUAAGAUUGGUCAACUUUAUUAAGCAUACCUUCCUGGGCGCCUUAAACACACUAUUGGACUUUCAGAUGAAACAGUUUUACGAUCGAGCUUUUGGGAGCGAAUUAGAGUUUCCAGACUAUUAUGAGGUGAAGCGCCGAAUUUCCUUGAUGUUCUUUAACUACCACUCCCUCAGUGAGGGACCCAUCAGACCAACAGUACCUCAAUCGGUUGAAAUUGGUGGAAUACAAGUGAAGGAGCAGGCCGAUCCUCUGCCCAAGGAACUGGCCAAGUUUCUCGAUACGGCGGAUGAGGGCGCGAUAUUUUUCAGUCUAGGAACUAAUGUGAAUACCAAUACCUUUCGACCCGAUACCGUGGAUAUCCUGUACAAAGUGCUAUCCAAGUUGCCCCAGAGAGUUAUAUGGAAGUGGGAGGACCUGAAAAACAAGCCAGGAAAUGCCUCCAACAUAUUCUUCAGCAAUUGGCUGCCUCAGGACGAUAUCCUGGCCCAUCCUAACACGAAACUAUUUAUCACCCAUGCGGGCAAGGGCGGAGUGGCAGAGGCGCAAUAUCACGGGGUUCCCAUGGUGGCAUUACCGCUCUUUGGCGAUCAACAGGGAAAUGCAGAAAUUAUGACGAAAUUUGGCUUUGGCCGUUGGUUGGAUAUUCUCACAAUGACGGAGGCUGAACUGGAGGCGACUAUCCAUGACGUCCUGGAGAGUCCCACGUACCGGAAGACGAUCGGAAAGUUCUCCUCCCUUUACAGGGAUCGUCCGUUAACAGCCCGUCAAUCGGUCAUCUACUGGACCGAGUACGUGUUGCGUCAUCAAGGAGCCCACCAUCUGCAGAGUCCCCUUAUUCACAUGGAUUUCGUGGCUCGAAAUAAUCUCGAUGUCUAUGGAGUAGUUAUCCUUGUCAGUCUGUCUAUAGGUGCUCUACUCAUAGUCACUGCUAAAUUUCUAUUUCGCAAGAUUUUAAGUGUUGCGAGUAGGUGCAGUAGUCGCCCCAAGCUUAAAAAUAAUUAA